AUGUAUGAGACUUAUUGGUUUAUUAUAUCUGAUAAAAAUAUAAUAGUUGAUACAAAAUCUAUCGGUGUUAUUUCACCAAAGAAUAUAAAACCCAUGUACUCAGCGGUAACUUUUGAUUUUCGAAAUAUCGAUAUGUUAAUUUAUACAAUCUUAAAUAUUCGUCAUCAUUUACCCAAUGAAUGGCCCAUACAAAUAUUUCAUGGCAAAGAAAAUUAUCAAUUUCUUCUUAAUUCAACGUUAUCCACAUAUAUUAAAUUGCAACAAAUUAUUUUACAUGAAUUAACACCAUUCACGGGUCAUCAAGGUUGGGGAUGGUAUACAAAUCACAUGUUAACAAAUUUAUCGUUUUGGGAAAAGAUUCUUGGAGAAAAGGUUCUUUUUUUUCAAAUGGACACUUUAUUUUGUGCAAAUACACCUCAUCGAAUUACAGAUUAUCUCGUUUAUGAUUUCAUUGGUGCACCAUGGCAUUCAAAAUUUCAUUUACCACCUGGAAUAAUAGUUGGAAAUGGUGGAUUUUCUCUACGCAACAAAAAUAAAACGAUAAAACUUUUGAAAAUGAAACCAUAUGAUGGCGCUGUACCGGAAGAUGUUUGGUAUAGUAUGUACUUUCACCUUGUUAAUGCGACAAUAGCACCUCUCGAAGUAGCAAAAACUUUUUCUGUCGAGUCAAUCUUUUAUGAGAGACCAGUUGCGAUGCAUAAACCUGUUUUAGACGAUCACGAAAUAAAGCGACUAUGUGUGACGUGUCCCGAAUCAGGACUUAUUUUUCCAUUUUGUGGAAGAAAAUAUCGAUAA